AUGAAUCCAACUGCUGUGGAUGCUGUGAAGAAAGUGUCGGUUAAGAGAGCGUGCGAUAACUGCCGCUUUCGCAAGAUAAAAUGUAGUCUAGCGCAACCAUGCAGGGCAUGUGUGUCGAUGGGCUUUGAUUGCACAUUCUUUCAACCACAGAAAAAGCGGGGACCAACUGGACAACGUGUAUCACAAAUUCGGCAGCAACAACACACUCAGUUGCUAAGCAAGAGUUCCCAGGAUCAAAUCAGCCAGAGCCCAGCUCCUGAUGUCGUUCCGUAUCAAGGAGCGAUCUCCUCGCAGGACGAGAGGCAGCCAGGAGCUGUAACGGCGGCUCCAGAAACCGCCCACUGGCAUCCUCAUCAUGGCAAUGAGACCCAGGUGCAAUUGGGGUUAGCACGCCCUCGUGCAACUGCGCCAAUUGGGCCGUCCUGGAGUGCCACGAGCAUUUCAUCGGUAGAAUCUCCGGGGAGUUCUGGGCUCAACUGGAAUGAGCGAAAUAAUGCUGAGUAUUGGCUGCCGGAUAAUCUCGACGCACAGGUGCCAGUGUUCGACUUUCCCGGGAGCAAUAUAUAUCUAAAAACCUCGCUUCCAUCAAUAAUUCAACCAGAACUGGAUGCCCCUGGCCUGCCGCCGCAUCACGUGGACUCAACCAUGACCCUACCAAACCUCAGCGUUAUGCAAACAGGUGCCGAUCAUCCGGACACAUCAUGGCCAUCAUCGAUAUCGGAGGCCAACAUGAUUCCAUGGAUUGAAGUCUAUUUUGAACGUUUACACCCUACGGUACCCGUGUUGAAUAGGUCGUCUUUAUUCACCCGGAUGCUGUCUCAAGAGCACCGUCAAAAUCCUCAGUUCGGUGCUAUGCUAUUAUCAUUGUGCGCGUUCUCCCUGACGCAACCUAUUGAGAUCGACGAGCGGGCAACCUCCUCUUCUCGAGCCGAUCAGGCCCGGUCAAUGAUGAAUGAAGCAACGAAGAUGCGAAGCUGCUCUGACUUUGGAGAACAUCCAACCAUCGAUGCUGUUCUUACGAGCUUCUUCCUUUUCGGCUGCCUAUUUGGCAGCAAUCAACACAACGCUGCGUGGCUUCGGCUGCGAGAAGCGUUAGAUCUCGCAGCGUCUAUGGGAUUUAAUAACCCCGAAUUAUACCGGGAUCUACCUAGUGAGGAAAAAGGCCAACGCCUGCGGACAUAUCUGGUCUUAUCGAUCACAGAGAGAGCCUACGCACUGCAGCAUCGACAUACAAUUACCUUCUGGGGAAGACCCGGCUUUAGCAUGCGGUCAGUUCAUGAAUUUUUCCACAGUGCCACACAUAGCGUUGUGUCUGGUAUCAUAGUUCACAGCGAAAAGGAUGCUGAAGGAAUGCUUGGUCUUGCCCGUCUGAUGGAGUUGUUCGAUGUGAUUGACGAGGAAGUUGUUGACUGCUGGAAUCAGCGAUGCAGCGUCAGUUCAGGCUAUUGCGGCAAGCUUACCGAAGAAAAAGUCUUGUCUAUUCAUGAAACCCUCGGCAAAGUCAGCGAAUCUGAGAGACAUACGGGCUACGACUGGUUCGAACGCACCAAAUCCACCCAAAGCGCCACGUACAGCGCUCAACCGACUAUUACCAUGCGGGAAAGUCAAUGUGCGGAUGUAUUUAUCACCAAGAAAUGGCUACAGAACCGGUUAUGGGUGCUGUGUUCUACCCACGGCCUCCUUAGCCCCAUGCCACACCGCCAUGAAAUGUCUUUCGAGUACGCCAUCACAAUUGCUAUGGAUACAUUACGGAUCUGCCGGUCUUUGCGUCUGAGCUCGAUGGAAGCUCAUGGGAUCGGAAUGGCCGAAAAACUGUACAACAUUGCAGUGAGUGCCAUUGGCCUCGCGUCUCAUGUGCAGCCACCUCUUGAUGAACGCUCGACAACAUCACCGGCUAACUCCCUGUCGCAUCCGGGAGGCACAGAGUCUGGGGAUUUUUCUGGGCGCAUUUCAUCGGACAUGACGGCAAUGUCAUCUACACAAUCGCUGGCAGAAGACUUUUUGGUACUGCUGAGCACCUUUCGAGGUGGCAACCAUCCGUUCAUGGACAGAUAUAAGGCUUUUCUGAUCUCUUUGCAUAUUCCCAGAGAGCAAAACGGCGACCCGACUCAUCCUUGA